GAUCACUCUACUCUUCUCUAUCCUUUGAGCACUACCGAGCCGAUACUCAUCCUUCAGUACAUCACACCUCGUCGUGUCAGACGGACUUGCAAACUUCUUCCGGAUCUCAACAUCAGGAACGGACAGCUGCCCUCGGUCAAAACCCCGGCUUCUUCAGUCUCCUUCCCUUCUUCUUCUCCUCUCUCCUUCUUCUCCUCUCUUCCGGAGCCCACUUUACCUCACCACCGACUCGUGUCUUCUUGAUCUUCUAUCGAUAUGAGCGCAAACGGAGCAGCUGCCAGUAGUGGUCUGCCCAGGAUCUUGAUUCCCGGUGGAGCUGGCUACAUUGGAAGUCAUGUGGUUCUCUCUGUCCUGCUCACCCGCAGGUACAGGGUCACUGUGAUCGACAAUUACCACAACUCCUUCCCCACUGCCAUUGAGCGGGUAGAGAAGAUCGCGCUGGACGAGCUGCCAGCCGAUGCUACUGCCGAGCAAAGAGAGGCUUGCAAGGUGGACGUCAUCAAGGGUGACCUGCGAGACCGAGACGUCUUCUCCAAGGCUUUCGCAAAGUACUCGGGAAGCGAUGCCAUCUACGCUACCAUCCUCGUGGCCGCCCUCAAGGCUGUCGGAGAGUCCGGAGAAAUCCCAAUCGACUACUAUGAUGUUAACAUUGGUGGUCUCGUCAACCUCCUUCGCGCCAUGAGGGAGUCUGGCUCUACCCGUCUCGUCUACUCGUCUUCUGCAACCGUCUACGGAACUCCAGAGGUGAUUCCCAUUCCCGAGACCUCCCCCCUACAAGCUGAGAGCGUGUAUGGAAGGACCAAGCAGAUGAGCGAGAUCAUCAUCAAGGACAUUUGUGAUGCUUACCCGGACUUCCGGGCUAUCAGUCUUCGCUACUUCAACCCUGCUGGAGCUCACCCCUCUGGACUCAUCGGUGAAGACCCUCGAGGCAAGCCCGGAAAUCUUCUGCCUCUGCUCUCGCAGAUGGCUGUCGGAAAGUACCGCGAGCCUGGACUGAAGGUCUUCGGCAACAACUACCCAACUCCGGAUGGAACUUGUGUUCGAGACUACAUCCACGUCAUGGACCUUUCUGGAGGUCACGUGAAUGCUCUUGAUGCCCUGGACAACGAUGCUCGUUUCCAGAAUCUCCCUUCUGCGGGCAAGUACCGAGCGUACAACCUUGGCAAGGGCAAGGGCAUGAGUGUGUUGCAGAUGAUCGAGGCCAUGAAGAAGGUCACUGGCUACGGCUACCCCUACGAGAUUGUCGGUCGCCGAGCUGGAGACGUGCCGGACCUUACCGCCGACCCUGCCUUGGCAGAGAAGGAGCUGGGCUUCAAGGCAAAGUAUUCGCUCGACGAGAUGUCUCGUGAUCUGUGGAACUGGCAGAGCAACAACCCCGAGGGCUACGGCGGUCAAUAGAUGUAGAAUGGUUCACCGGGUUGCAAGAGAGAGACGAGUGAAGGGAACAUCCGGGUAGACUGUAUCUGGGCCAUAUCCUCUGGCCCGCCGCCAUUCUCUUCGACGCAGGAACAAUCUUCACUGUGCCUCUCUUUCGAAUCCUC